UCCUAGUCACCACGAGGUGAGCAGCUUGCCCCCGAUGCUCUCCCUGCUGUGAUACACAGCCCAGGCACAAAAUCAACCGGAACCAACCAACCAACUAUGGACUGAAACCUCUGCCUAGUUUCUUUUUGAAGGGCUUGAGGACCAAAGCACCCCAUGAAAUGUUGCUGCUUCAUUGUUCCCAGAAGCUGCUGAGCCUAUACAAAUCCUUGGCUAGGAGCAUCCCUGAAUCCCUGAAGGUGUAUGGCUCUUUGUAUUACAUCAACCACGGAAACCCCUUCAACAUGGAGGUGCUGGUGGACUCCUGGCCAGAGUAUCAGACGGUCAUUAUCAGACCUCAGAAACAGGAGAUGACCGAUGACAUGGAUCCAUACACAAAUGUGUACCGUGUAUUCUCCAAAGAACCUCAAAAGUUGCAGGAAGUCCUGAAAAACUGUGGGGUCAUAAACUGGAAACAGAUGUUCCAAAUCCAAGGAUGUCAAGAAAGCUUGGGAGAGGAGAUAAAAGCCAUUGCAUUUUCAAAGUCAGUGAAGGUAAACUAUUCUAAGUUACUCCUCUACCUCACGGAACACAGCCCGGAGCUCAAGGCCUCCACCAAGAGCAAGCCUGGAAGCCGGCGUGAGGCCGACCACCCAGAUGAUGGGUCUGAGAGCGGGGAUCCCAACUUUAAGUUUUCCCAACUGGAUGUCUGUCAUUCUGCACUGGUAAAUGACAACUGGGACAUAGGACAGAAUGAGAAGAGCCUGCGUUACAUCCAGCGCUGCAUACAGACCUUGCCAGCAUUCUGUCUGCAGGGCCCGGAAGGGCACCCGGUCACGUGGGCCACCAUGGACCCCAGCUGCGAAGUGGGAAUGGCCUACACCCUGGACAGAUACAGAAGCAAGGGCAAACUGAGACAGCUACUAGGACAUUUCAUGAAAUAUCUACGUCAGGAGAAUAUUCCAUUCUACCUCUCUGUGCUGGAAGAGAAUGAAAAAUCCCGCAGAGCUGUGGAGGGGUCUGGAUUCUCUGUGGCCUCUUGUGGGUGGCACCAAUGGAUCUGCUCCCCGGGGAAAUAAGUCCCAUUUGUUUUGACAAUGAUGCUGCUCAGCCAUCAUGACCAAGCUCUCCCCUUAACGUGGAAGCAGAAAUCACAUAACAGCUUUCUUCACUCACGAGUGUUUAUUGAACAUUUAAGAUGUG